CGGGCCCUGUCAACCCCGGGGUAGCGGGCUGAGUGCGGCGGAGACCGCGACCAUGGGCGGGAAGAACAAGCAGAGGACCAAGGGGAACCUGAGGCCUUCAAACAGUGGCCGAGCUGCAGAACUUCUUGCCAAAGAGCAGGGAACCGUGCCUGGAUUUAUUGGUUUUGGAACAUUUCAGAGUGACCUAGGCUAUGUUCCUGCUGUUCAAGGAGCUGAAGAAAUAGACAAUCUUGUAGAUUCUGAUUUCCGAAUGGUGCUGCGGAAACUUUCUAAGAAAGAUGUCACGACAAAAUUAAAAGCUAUGCAAGAAUUUGGAACCAUGUGUUCAGAGAGAGACACAGAAAUUGUGAAAGGAGUUCUUCCUUACUGGCCAAGAAUUUUUUGCAAAAUUUCUCUUGACCAUGACCGCCGGGUUCGAGAAGCCACACAGCAAGCUUUUGAAAAACUUAUCCUCAAAGUUAAGAAACACUUGGCUCCAUAUUUAAAAAGUUUAAUGGGCUAUUGGCUCAUGGCUCAGUGUGACACGUAUGCACCAGCUGCAUCUGCAGCAAAAGAGGCCUUCGAAGCAGCUUUUCCUCCUAGCAAGCAGCCUGAAGCCAUAGCAUUCUGUAAGGACGAGAUCACGAGCGUGCUGCAGGAUCAUCUGAUAAAGGAAACACCCAACUCCCUCAGUGACCCACAAACUGUUCCAGAGGAAGAGAGAGAAGCUAAAUUCUAUCGUGUUGUAACCUGUUCCUUAUUGGCAUUAAAGAAAUUGCUUUGCCUCCUACCUGAUAAUGAGCUUGAAUCUCUGGAGGAGAAAUUUAAGUCUCUUCUGUCACAGAAUAAAUUUUGGAAGUAUGGAAAACACAGUAUACCUCAGAUCCGCUCAGCUUAUUUCGAGUUAGUUUCUGCUUUGUGCCAGCGUAUUCCACACUUGAUGAAAGAUGAAGCAUCAAAAGUGAGCUCAUCUGUCCUACUUAGCAUUGAUGACAGUGACCCCAUUGUGUGCCCUGCUCUCUGGGAAGCUGUACUCUAUACACUUACCACUAUUGAGGACUGUUGGCUUCAUGUAAAUGCAAAAAAAAGUGUGUUUCCCAAGCUGUCAGCUGUGGUUCGUGAGGGUGGUCGGGGUCUGGCCACUGUCAUAUAUCCCUAUCUUCUGCCAUUUAUCAGCAAGCUCCCACAGUCCAUCACAGACCCAAGGCUGGACUUCUUCAGAAGCUUCCUCACCUCUCUGGUUGCCGGGCUGUCAACCGAGAGAAUCAAAACCAGCUUCUCAGAGUGCUCAGCAGUGACAUCUGCUUUUUUUGAAUGCUUACGUUUUAUAAUGCAGCAGAGUUUAGGUGAGGAAGAGAUGCAGCAGAUGCUCGUCAGCGACCAGUUGAUUCCUCUGAUUAACACAGUUCUCAAAGACCCAAAAUUGCAAGAUGGGCAAUUAUUUGAGUAUUUAGCAGAAACCUUAAGUUCUUGGGAAGCCAAAGCAGAUAUGGAGAAAGAUGAUAAAACCACUCAAAACUUGGAGAAAGUGCUGCUGAAUUUCUGGGAAAAACUGUCAGAGAUCUGUUUCGAGAAAAUCAACAAGCCAGAAGCAGAUGCUAAGUCUGUGUCGGGUGUAUCUAACCUAUUACAGGUCCUUCAGAAGCCAAAGAGCUCAUUGAAGUCAAAUAAAAAAAAAACGGGUGGGGUUAGAUUUGCUGAUGAGAUGCCUGAAAGUAGCAGAGAGAGUGAGAUGUGUGUCUCCUCAGGAGGAGAGAACAGUGAGUGUCGUGCAUUAGUGGCUGAGCCUCCUGCCUCCGUUACCUGCUCAGACCUAUCUCCACUACGGAGGAAACCCCUGGAAGACUUAGUCUGCAGACUAGCAGAGCUGAGCAUUAAUUAUGUCAACAAACAGAAGUCAGAGCAGCAUCUCUGGUUCCUUUCUACUCUGCUCAAUUCCUUCUCUUCAACCCAAGUGUUUGAGAUGCUGCUGGGCGAUGAAAAGCAGACUGCCACCAAACCCAAGCCUCCUGAGCUAGCCAGACUCAUACAGAAGAGUCCCGCAGUGCAGUUUCUGUACCAGAAAGUAAUUGGUUGGCUGAAUGAAGACCGAAGGAAGGAUGCCGGUUUCUUGGUGGACAUUUUGUACAGUGCCCUCCGCUGCUGCGAGGAUGAUAAGGAGAGAAAAGAUGUCUUAGAUGACCUGACCGAGGUGGAUCUGAAAUGGAAUUCGCUUCUUCAGGUUAUUGAAAAGGCAUGUUCUAGUUCAGAUAAACACGCUUUAGUAGUUUCUUGGCUGAAAGGAGAUAUCCUUGGAGAGAAAUUGGUCGCCUUGGCAGAUCAUCUUUGCAGCGAGGACUUGGAAUCUACAGUGACUUCUGAACCUUACUUCUCAGAAAGAUGGGCUCUUUUAAGCAUGGUGUUAUCCCAGCAUGUUACGAAUGAUUACUUGAUUGGAGAAGUAUAUGUUGAAAGAAUUAUUGUUAAACUUCAUGAAACUUUAUCCAAAGUAAAGGAAUUGUCAGAUGCUGAAAACAUUGACUCUUCAUUGUCUUCCACCUGCGAUGUGGUCUAUGACUAUUUCAGCUCCGCAACAGGGUCCUUGCUAAUGCCGUCCUCGGAGGACUUACUGUUAACUCUCUUUCAGUUAUGUGCUCAGAGCAGAGAAGACACACAUCUGCCAGACUUUCUUAUCUGUAAACUGAAAAAUACCUGGCUGUCUGGUGUGAAUUUGCUGGUCCACCACACUGGCCGUCCAUGUCAGCAGAGUGCCUUCCUGUGCUCGUCCGCUCUGUGGCUGAAGAACCAGGUUCAGUCUCCAUCUUUGGACAUCAAGAGUCUCCGAGGACUCUUGUCUGCUGUUGACGAUUUGCUGAAUAAGCUUUUAGAGAGUGAAGAUACCUCCCUCCUGGGAGUUUAUAUUGGACGCGUGAUGCCAGACAGCAUUGAGUGGGAGAAGAUGAGGCAGUCUCUUCCUGUGCAGUGGUGGCAUAGGCCUCUUUUGGAAGGAAGACUGAGUUUGAAUUGUGAGCGUUUCAGAGCAGAUUGUAAAGAACAAGACACAGAGAGACUUCCCAGCCAUUUGUGUACUUCAGCACUGCUGAGCAAAAUGCUGCUAAUUGCACUGAAAAAGGAAAUAGUCCUCGAAAAUAAUGAGCUUGAUAAAAUAACCUCAGAGCUGCUGUAUUCACUGCAGUGGUGUGAGGAGCUGGAUAACCCCCCUGCCUUCCUAACCGGAUUCUGUGAAAUGCUUGAAAAAAUGAAUAUUACGUAUGAUAACUUGUGUGGACUUGGUAAUACUUCCGGCCUUUUGCACCUGCUAUUUAACAGAUCCAAGGAGCACGGCACUCUGUGGUCUCUCGUGAUUGCUAAGUUGGUUCUUUCCCGACGCGUUUCGUCUGAUGAAGUGAAACAGCAUUGUAGAAGAAAAGAGGGGUUUUUCCCACUAACAGAAGGUAAUAUGCACACCAUUCAAAGUCUCUGUCCGUUUCUGUCCGAGGAAGACAGAAAAGAAUUCAUUGCCCAGUGUAUACCUCCCCUUUUGACCUGGACCAAGGAAGAUCUUUGCAGUACAAAUGGAGGUUUUGGACAUCUUGCCAUUUUAAAUUCUUGUCUGCGAACGAGAAGCAUUGACGAUGGAGAACUAUUACAUGGGAUACUAAGAAUUCUGAUGUGCUGGAAGAAAGACCACGAAGACAUUUUUCUUUUCAGUUGCGAUCUGUCAGAGGUGAGCCCAGAGAUCUUGGGAGUCAACAUAGAGAUUGUGCGGUUCCUCUCCCUGUUUCUGAAGUGCUGCUCCUCUCCUCUGGCUGAGAGUGAAUGGGACUUUAUCAUGUGCUCCAUGCUGGCCUGGCUGGAGACCACACGGGAAAAUUAUGCGUUGUGCUCUGUCCCACUGGUGCAACUGUUUGCCUGUGUCAGCUGUGACUUGGCCUGUGAGCUCAGUGCUUUUUUCGAUUCCACAACUCCAGAUACCGCUGGCAAUCUCCCUGCAAAUCUAGUCAGCGAAUGGAAAGAAUUUUUUUCCCAAGGAAUCCACAGUUUGCUUUUACCUCUUUUGGUGACUGUUACAGGAGAAAGCAAAGAUACGUCGGAAACAUCCUUUCCAAAUGCAGUGCUGAAGCCCAUGUGUGAAACAUUAACAUAUGUCCCAAAGGAUCAGCUGUUGAGUCACAAACUCCCUGCAAGAUUGUUUGCUGGCCAGAAAUCAAAUUUGCCGGGACAUCUCCAAACUUUGCUCAACACACUCGCCCCACUACUCCUCUUCAGAGCUCGGCCUGUGCAAAUUGCUGUUUAUCAUAUGCUGUACAAGUUGAUGCCGGAAUUACCACAGUAUGAUCAGGAUAAUCUCAAGGCAGAUGGAGAUGAAGAGGAAGAACCAGCCCUGUCCCCGCCAGCAGCUCUGAUGUCUUUGCUUCAUACUCAAGAGGACCUGCUCGAAGGCAUCCUGGGCUGCGUUCCUGUCGGACAGAUAGUGACCAUCAAGCCACUGAGCGAAGACUUCUGCUGUGUUCUGGGCUACCUCCUCACCUGGAAGUUAAUACUCACUUUCUUUAAAGCUGCCUCAUCUCAGCUUCGGGCUCUGUAUUCAAUGUACCUCCGGAAAACAAAGAGUUUAAAUAAACUGCUCUAUCACCUGUUCAGGCUCAUGCCAGAAAAUCCGACCUGUGCGGAGACGGCUGCUGAGCUCUCCGGCAAGGAGCCCAAGACCUUCUUCACGGGAGAGCUCCAGCUGAGUGUCCGAGAAAUGACGACCCUCCGGCACCACAUCCCACACUUGGCUUGUUCCGUCUACCACAUGACGCUGCAGGACCUGCCCGCCAUGGUCAGGCUCUGGUGGAACAGCAGCGAGAAGCGCGUCUUCAACAUCGUUGAUAGGUUUACAAGCAAGUACGUCAGCAGUGUUCUUUCUCUUCAAGAAAUAUCUUCUGUGCAAACAAGUACACAGCUACUUAAUGGCAUGACGGUUAAAGCUCGAGCUACUACUCGAGAAGUAAUGGCUACUUAUACCAUCGAGGACAUAGUUAUUGAACUUAUAAUACAGCUGCCUUCCAACUACCCACUGGGCUCCAUCACAGUGGAGAGCGGGCGGCGUGUGGGGGUAGCCGUGCAGCAGUGGCGGAACUGGAUGCUGCAACUGAGCACCUACCUCACCCAUCAGAAUGGGAGCAUCAUGGAGGGCCUGGCACUGUGGAAGAGCAACGUGGACAAGCGCUUUGAGGGGGUGGAGGACUGCAUGAUCUGCUUCUCUGUCAUCCAUGGCUUCAACUACUCUCUUCCCAAAAAAGCCUGUAGGACGUGCAAGAAAAAGUUCCACUCUGCCUGCUUGUACAAAUGGUUUACAUCUAGCAACAAAUCCACUUGUCCACUCUGUCGUGAGACCUUUUUCUGAGGUCUUUCCCCACUGGAAGUGCCCCCUGAGGUAAAGCAGAGGCAGCGGGCGUGGAUCCAUGUUGAAAUGUUGGUGUGAGGAGGCCAGUGAGCGAGACUGUAGACAGGGCCUGCUCUGGAGCAUUACCUGGUCAGUGUACUGACCCUAAAAUCAGGCCUGCUUACUCUCAGAUCGCUUGGUAAAUGUUUGGUUUUCUUUUGCAUAAGAAUAUUACAUAUUUGAGAGAAAAUAUAUGUUAAUAGUUUAAUUUCUCUGUAUACUUAAAAAUAAAUAUGGAAAAGCCCUAAAUUACAGAUUUGGAAUCUGUGAAAGCAUUGUAUUGAUUAAUGUCUAGAACAGUCCAGGAGACCAAUGAAUUAAGGGAGGUGAUUUAUAUCUAUCAAUAUUUUAAGACUUAUUUAUUAGAUACGUCAACAAAAUUAAUUAGUAUUCUAAGAUUUGUAGAUUAUUUUAAUGAUAAAAAUGACUAAGCUAUUAAUAUAGCUUAUCUUGAGCUGUUUGAAGCAUGCUCUGAAAUCCUACAUUCAAGAGUGUCAGCUGGACUUCCUGUGGCCCCUGUUUGUUAAUAAGAGUGAUGAAGUUCAGGGAAUUAAAUCCAUGACACUGACCGUGGCUGUGGAACACAUUCUAGGUAUCAUUGAACUUUGAACUACAGACUUGUGCAUGAGUUUAUUACUCAGUUGAGUGAGAAUUUGAGAGAACAGGAAUUAGAUUAUUUCAUUCAUGAAGCAGAGUGGUAGUUACCUUACCCCUCUAUGGAGAGAGAGGAAAUAAGUAUUUCUGAAACUUAAGAUUGGUGGAAAAAAACAAACAAAAAAUUUAAAUGCUAUAGACAGCUUUCAAUUUUGUAAGCGACUUUUACUGUUUUUACUGGCCAAAGUUAUGUUACAUUAGAUUUGAGGAAGGUACUUUUUCCAGCCCAGUUAAGAAUUUUAGUACCAAGUAAAAUGUAAUAUAACAGGCUGAAGAGUGGGUGAAACCUGCCUUUGCCACAGUAGUAUUGCCCUAAAAAUUGUGCCCAAAACAUAGUGUGUAAGUUUGGAACUUGGAGUAAUUUUAUUGCAGUCAUCCAUCCAUAUCGUGGGGAAUAUUAGCAUAACUAACAGCAAGGUCACUUGAAAGAUCAGCUAAUCAUCUCUCUUGCAAAUGUUUAAUUGGCGAAAAGCAGUUCAUGUUAAAUAAAACUACUGCUUUCUAUCAAAUGGAUAAAAUGGUUAUUAUUGAAAUAGUAUGAGUAUGGUCAGAGUAUUGUAGUCGAGAGUGAAGUAUUACGUGAGCUUCAGAUCGCUGGAGUUAUAUUUGUAGGUGCAGAGUCCUGCCCAGUCUGUCUCCUGAGUUUUUUCUGGAGUAUUUAUUAUCUUACAUCCUUGGGCCUCAGAAAGUCAGGAGUCAGUAAGUGAAGUAUAGAGAAGCAAAAUUCUACUACCUCUCUUUAACCCCUUUUUUAAAAUAGUCUCUCUUCCCGUGUCUCUCUGACAUAGUAAUCCCAAAGGAUUGUGUUACUUCUCUGAGAAAGUUACACACUUUUUCUUUAAAAAUUGUUUUAUAAUGAGAGUUUGUUUAUAGCUUUUCCAGUAUUGGUAUUUCUUGGCUUCUGAUUCAAACCCCAGGUAGGAAAGUGAAGGGAGUGAGGGAGCAGUGUUUCUGCGGUGGGAUUCAGGCACCAGGAUCCUGGAAACCCUGUGGAUGACCAGGUGGGACACCUCUCUUCACACUUCAACUCUUAACGUUUCUCUGAUGCUGUAAAUAGAAAUGUGAAACUGGUAACUGAUUACAUACUGAAGAGUGAGCCUUCCAAAGUAAGACUGAAAUUGAGAACCACAUUAACUGAGUUUAUUUAUGUAGCUUGACAAUCCCAGAGAGCACCCCUAGCAUUCCAGCAUCGGGACACUUUAAAGUUGCAUGAGAUUCAUAGCCCAUUAGCCAAAUUAACAACUUAAAACACUAAUGUAAACUGCAAAUUUUAGAAUUUAUUUUUAACUCUGUAUUACAUGCUUAAACAAUGUUAUUACUAAAUCAGUUUUUGUGCUGUGAAUAAUUAAUGUUAUUUGAUUGUUAUACCAUAUGUGCCCAUUAAAAUUCUUUUUAAUUACAAAAUAUGUCAAAUAUACAGAACAAUACUAAUAUAAAUGCCCUCGUGCUCUUCACAAACUAUUUUGCCAUAUUUGCUUCUGAUUUUUAAAGAAAUAAAAUGUUAACUCUCUUGUACCCCUCCCUGAGGCCAUCUCCUCCUUCCCUCCCUGGAGCUAAACUGAGGUUGGUGGGACUCCUUCGUAUUUAAGAGUUUAUACUUCACCACGUGUUUGUUUCCAUAAGCAAUAUAUAGUGGUUUUAAAAAAUGUAUAUUUGUGAUAUCCUUCUGUAUGUUAUCUUUGGUAAUUUGCUUUCUCACUCAACAUGACUGCUUUUAAGAUCA